GUCAGUUAUUAUCAGAUCUAUUUUAUCAUUACAAUAACAAGUAAACGCUGUGCAAGACUUCGUACUUACACUUUGGUCCAAAAACUGGUUUUAGUGAGACAUUGAUUUUGUUUUUGUCUGAUGGUAGACAGUGAACAAAGAAAUGUUCCACAAGAAUUUGAUUUGCUUUGUUUUCCUUGUAUUACUUUUACUAGGCAGAUCAGAAAGUCUACUAACUGCAGUAGCUACACCGUCGCAACUUAACAUAGGUCUGAGCAACUCACUUGAUGUUAGAUGUUACUACCAUUCAUCUAACGGGUCUCCCUCAGCACUAGUGUCACUCAUAAUUGGUCGGUCCAACAAUGGAACAGCCUUCGACGACUUGGCUUCCGUAAACGUAUUCUCGGGUCAAAAAGUAUUUACGACAGAGGGUGUUACAGCGACUAGCGCCAUCAACAACAAUGGGGAAUCUUAUCUUAAUCUCCAUUGGGAUUUUCCUGGUGAGUUUGCUUCAGGAAACUACGAGUGCUCUGCCCAGGGACCGGACGAUGUCGGCCACAACAUCGUCAUCACCAACACUACAAGUGUAUCCUACAGCAAGCCUGAUCAAGACGUUCUUCUGAUCAAGAUCCGCGAGAUGGACGCACUGCUGAAACACCUGCAGGACACAAUUUCAGUACUGAGAUACAACAACAGUGCCGAAGAUAUCCGUCUCGCCACCAGCAUCUACAACGUUGAGCAAUGCUGCAUCGCCAACACCAAGAAAACAGAUGAUAUCCUUCUACUCGACAAUGUGAGAGACAACACUUACAGAGCCUUACUCUGGAACCUGCAACCUCAAUUUAUCAGCUACAACCUGAACAACAAAUACUUGAUAUCAAAAGGUAUCUUCCAGAGUGUUCAAGACGCAGAGAAACUGUGCAACGCUUUCAACAGCCACCUGGUCGAAAUUAACAGCCCAGAAGAAUAUAAUCUUGUCAGUUCUUGGCUUCAGAACACCACAGACAUCAACUACGUCUACACGGGCGUCACCAAAGUCGGAAACCAGUGGAUGUACAGACACAGCAAUAGACCGGUGGACUACUUUAACUGGGCUGACAGUGAACCAAAGACUGGCGCUGAAAAUGACUGCAUGUUUAUGGAAGUCACAAUGAAUUGGCAAAUGUCAUCGUACAAGUGCGCUUCCCCAAGUCCAAUUCAUGCCUUAUGUGAAGUUGAAUAGAACUCAUUGUCUUUUUUAGACCUGUUAUUAUUUUUAAUAAAUACUAAUUGACAUAGGCCUAUAUAUCAGAUUUAACUUUAUAGACAUGAUUUAAUGAUACAUCCUUUAUUCGUGUUAGCUUGCUUGUAAAGAUGAAAAUAAAAUAAAAUAUUUUCAAAUAUUGAA